UAUCGAGGCAUUCCAAACRAACCAUCUUUUCCAACUCGGUUGCACCACUCCAUUCCGCGACGCAACACGACGCACUACUGCCACUAGACAAGAAAACACAUCCGAACUCCGGUCUAAACCACGCAAAACACGAUCCGCCACAAUGAAGAACCUUCUUUCGACAGCGGCAAUGGCACAUGCCGUUCUUUUGCUGGUUUCCCUGCAAGUGACGCUGGCAUCCCAAUUGCGGGAGGAGAAUGCACAGAGGCGGCGGCAGCAUCACCAACAAAAACAGCAAAACCGCCGUGGGUUGAGCAUGGGCUGGAACCGUCUCACGGCCGAUGGMGACGACAACGACAGCARGUUUGGAAUCCAGAUCGACGACGCUACGAGGAUUGCUCCCUUUCAGGAUGCGGCGGUCGUAGAAGUCGUCUCGGCGGCGGCGGAAGAGAGCCCGCAGGAAGACUUUGCCAAGAAAUUCCUCCGCGCCGCCAAGGACGGGAAGAAGGACAAGAGUGACAAGAAAAUGGCAAAAAGCGCCAAGAGCAUCAAGAAGGACAAAAAGUCCAAGAAAGACACCCCCAACCCCGUUCCGACCCCCACGGCGAAACCCUCCGCGGCCCCGACAAAACCACCGACCGUUCCCACCUCUGAGCCAACGACCUUUCAGCCCACAGGCUCGACCACGAGCACGACCUCGGCCACAGAYACGGGCACGACCUCGGUGGUUGACUUUGCGGCCCUCGAGAAGAACGAGACCUCGGUGGUUGACUCUGCGGCCCUCGAGAAGAAMGGUGARAUGCAGGAACAACAACCCGAGGCCAAAGCGCUGGGACUGAUCUACCAAGACCUAUCRGGCCUCGGUGGCGAUUGAGGUCCGCUGCGGAAGACAUUGCGCCAUCGGAGGCGCAAGAACAGAAUUGUGGGGAACAUAGAGUCAAGCCGUUCGAGGCGGGCGUGUUCGGAUAUUUGUUCCAUAGUAUUUGGCACGCAUGUGAAUACCAAUAGAAACUUAAUCAUCUU